AUGCUACAGCUGCCACAGCCCCGGUCCCUACAGCAGAAGUCGGUACUUCUCAGGAGGUCGACCAGGUGUUCGAACCGGCUGAUACCUUGCCCUCCCGGAGCGAGGCAGCCGCUGUGCAGCCCGUCAUUGGUAUCAGUCAGAGAGUGCAGAUGAACUCCAAAGAAAAGAAGGACUUGGGGACACUAGGGUAUGUGCUGGGGCUGAUCAUGAUCGUGAUAAUCAUUGCUAUCGGAGCUGGCAUUGUCCUGGGUUACAUCUAUAAGAGGGGGAAAGAUCUGAAGGAAAAGCAUGAACAGAAAGUCUACGAGCGUGAAAUGCAGCGCAUCACGCUGCCACUCUCAGCGUUCACCAAUCCUGCCUGCGAGCUUGUAGAUGAGAACACAAUCGUGGUGCACACCAACCAGACGCCUGUGGAGGACACGCACGAUGGUAGUGGCCCGCUCAUGGGGCAGGCGGGUACUCCUGGUGCCUGAGCAGCUCAGGCAAGAGGGACGCGGGCUGAGCAAAGCCUCCGGCACGGCGAGUGCGGGGGUUGCGUGUGUUCAUUUCUGUUUUGUUUUCUUUUUGAUGAAAGCCAGAUGGAGGUGAUGCAGAGGGACAGAACAAUGGGCUAUUCAUCACGAUCUGUUUGAGGGGCACCAUUCAGUGCAUGACCAGCUGGGGACUGGUGCGGUGGACCCUGCAGCUUCCUCCCACCUAUCUCCAUGGCAUGCCAAGGAGCUGGGCGGGAUGAUGGGCCGGGCUCACAACUGGCCACAGAUCCCAUAGCCUGGAGCGUGGUCUUGGUUUCCUCUUUCUUCUGUUCCUUUCCUGUUUAACGGUGUGCACUGUUACUUAAGUUUCAGCCUGGAACCCCAGGAGGAAGCAGUACUGCAGGGACU